ACAAACCCUAGUACCCCAGUCUUGCACUCGGUAGAUAUAUCAGAUACUAAAGCCUCCACAGCUGCAGCACUGCUUCUCUCUGAGUCUUCUCGUUGCUCAUAGCUCUGUAGCUGAUCGGAUCCAAUGGCGCCAAAGAAGGAUAAGGCUCCACCACCGUCAUCGAAGCCGGCGAAGUCUGGAGGAGGGAAGCAGAAGAAGAAGAAGUGGAGCAAAGGAAAGCAAAAGGAGAAGGUUAACAACAUGGUCUUGUUCGAUCAAGCCACCUAUGAUAAGCUUCUCUCCGAAGCCCCCAAGUACAAGCUCAUCACACCCUCUAUCCUCUCCGAUCGUUUAAGGAUUAAUGGAUCGCUUGCAAGGAGGGCUAUCAGAGAACUGAUGGCAAGAGGUUUGAUCAGGAUGGUCUCUGCCCAUGCCAGCCAGCAGAUCUACACUAGGGCAACAAACACCUAGAUGUCAUAUUUGUGUUGGUAUCUUUUAGUUUUGUAGUCUGUUUUUCUUUUUGGCUAAAGCUUGACUGGUUUUGCAUUUCUUUUUAAGAGAUUUCCAUGCAUGAGUUACAAUCUUAGACCAUUGUCAGUUGUGUUUGAAGAAGGUUUAUUUGGAUUUCUUGAUAUGCUGGAUUAAGCUUUUGUACCUUUUGAGUAGUUUGCUAUAAACAGCUCUUUGGUUUUUCAA